AUGGAAACAUUCAUGAGCCGUCGACAAAGUCCUUCUCCUCACUCGCUUCAUUGGGCAAGAGAUUUUGCUACCCGCCAAGCAACUAGCUACCAUGGCCAGGAUAACCGCCUGAAAAUCGCCGCCAAUGGCUCGAUUCUUGAUGAAUUUUUCAACAGUUGCAAUGUGGACUUGUCACCCCCACAGCGUCACGAGCUCUUAAAGCGGUUCCUUAACAGUGCGGGGGCGCGGUCGUUUCCUGAAGCCGCCAAGUCUGGUCCGAGAGAUAAGCGAGUCCUUGCGAUAGUCGAUGAUCGAUGUGAUCCUUUCACGCAGUUUACGAAUACCCCAGGAAGCACCGGCUUCCUCCCCGUGAGACAGUGGGAGUCAGAGGAGUACAUGCGUCGCCCACCAGAGGGACUGCAUGUUCGGAUCGCAGGUGGGGAUGCGGAUAUGUUGUUCUACCAUCUCAAUAAGGACCGAAAAGGCGUCGCAGAGCGACGAAUUGUAUAUCUGGCGGACCUGACACCACUGAUGGGGCUGGCCUUGGUUUCGAAUGUGUCCUAUGUACAACUCCCACAAGUGCGAUCAUAUCUGUCACGAUAUGUGGCAUUUGACGCCUACAUGGGAGUCUCCCAGGUUGAUAUCUUCCCGACCGAGUCUCAAAGGGGUUUCACACUGGAGUUCCACCUGCCGCACUAUGUUCUUCGCCCUGAUCGACCCGAGUUGCGCGACGGCCGCGGACUUCGAAAGAGUCGCUCUUUUCUACCACCAUCAUCCGGGUCCAACGACCGUAUCUACGAAGCCCAGCUCUCGUUGGUAGUAAUCGGUGUUGACGAGUUCUUCUGGAUGGCAUACUUCAGCGAAGAUUCCUACUUCCGAAAUAGCAACCAGAUUUCGGAAUACCUCCAGGAUAAAACCGAUGGGCCAUCAUUUGGCCUGCGGCUGUGUAAAUUUCCCAUAUGGGAUCCAAGAUACUAUUUUCUUUCAAUUCUUUCUAUCCGAAUGGGCCAGGUAACAAUGGAAUGGAGGGUGUUGGUGGAAACGAUAGAAGGACGUCUCGAUCGGCAUGGCGAAAUAGACGAGGAUAACCUGGAUGAGUUCCUCGAGGACGACCCGUCCCUGCAGAAAACCAAAGAAUUUACGUGGAUCCUGUGUACUUUACGGCGCCUGCGAAACUCCCUGGCAAGGCUGAUCGCCUCCUGGGCAGCGUUUGACCGAAAUAAUAGUGUAUACUUUGAUUUAGACUCGGACGGAGCACUGGCAGCCAAGUUCCGGGAAUGUUUCUUUUCAGUCCGACAAUCUACAGCAGAGCUCAAUACUCUCCAGAUGGUCCUGGAACAGCGGAUUGAAACAAUGGAGAAGAUGGCCAGUGUUUUGGUAAAUGCCUCAUCGUUGGCGGAGAGCAUCACGGCCACUCGGCAAGGAGAUAAUAUCCGGCUAUUAACGUAUAUCACAAUCCUAUACCUACCUGUGACACUUGUGACGAGUGCCUUCAGCAUGAACCAGGUCAGCAAUGACAUCGCCUGGUGGAAGUACUGGGUUUCUCUGUUCUGCCUGACAAGCGCUACAGUGGCUGUAGCGGUUGGACUACAUCUCAUGGUACAUCAGAUGAGGAAUUCGAACAUUCGCAGCAUGCUGGGAUAUACCAGAUGA